UGGCGCGCCAAGGGUCUGAAGAAGCCUUACAACCCGGUGCUGGGCGAGACCUUCCGCUGCUGUUGGCGGCACAGCCAGGACUCCUAUACUUAUUACGUGGCUGAACAGGUGUCCCAUCACCCGCCGGUGUCAGCUUUCUACGUGACGAAUCGGAAGGAGGGUUUCGUCAUAGAAGGCAGUCUAUUAGCUAAAUCCAAAUUCUACGGUAACUCAACGUCGGCCAUACUAGAGGGUUGCGCCCGGAUUCACCUGCUGAACUGGGGCGAGACCUACAUUACUACUGCCCCUUAUGCGCACUGUAAAGGCAUUGUCAUUGGUACUCUUAGCAUGGAGUUAGGGGGAAAGGUACAUGUUAUGUGUCCCGAUACUGGCUAUCAAGCGGACGUAGAAUUUAAACUAAGGUCGUUCCUAGGCGGUGCAGAUCAGACGAACUCCAUCCAGGGUAGAAUUAAACGUGGUAAAGAAACUGUUGCCGUACUAGAAGGAUAUUGGGACGGGAAGAUCGAUAUUAAGGAUAAGAAGACCGGGGAGGAAUCAAACCUAUUUGACGUGUCUGUACUAAAAGAACAACGAUUACCUCGAUACCUCAUGAGUAUGGAGAAACAGCAAGACUUCGAGUCUGCCAAACUGUGGAUCAAAGUCUCCGAGGCCAUACAGAAUGAGGACCAGAUAGCAGCGACAGAGCAGAAGACGAUAAUAGAGGAGGCUCAGCGCGGUCGGGCGCGGAACCUCGUGACGCCGUGGAUGCCGAGACUGUUCCACAGGAACCCGCAUGCUGCGCCGCCUGACGGUGUAACAGACCAAGGAUGGGUGUACAAUCAUUUAAACACGACGCCAUGGCAAGCAGACGAAAUAAUAGAAUACGAAGAGGAUUUCGUAAUAAAGACCCUUCGAGAAGGACCACCUCCAGUCAAGACCAGUGUGGAAUUGAGACGGGAUCUUGCUAGAAGAAUGUCGGAUUCCGACAGCCAUGAUGAACUGGCUCGACCUAAGAGUUCUGCACGGACAUUAAAACAAAGUCUAUACGCCAUAGACACGGCAUUAAGAGAACAAACUCUAGCGAUAGAACGCCUAUCCAAAUCGGUUGAAACUAUCAGCGAAGCCCAAAGACAAGCGGCUUCAAACAGACCUCUAAAUGUGGGCCGGGUACCUACAUCCAGCCACUCAUGGGACCUCUUCGGAGGUUUCGUCCUAGCCAUGGUGUUGCAAGCACUACUAAACUGGGUUUUCUACCAAAAAGACUGAACAGUGUUGCCACUUUAAAAAUUCAAUGUGAUGUAAGAAAAUUUGAGUAUUUUUUUAAUACUAAGAGUUUUUUUUUGGAUUUUGACGCUUUAGUUUUGCUUGGGUUUUUGACUGCAAGGGGAAGGACGGUUUUUACCUAAAGGUAGCCGGUUCGAUUCUCUGUUGUGCACUUAUGUGUAAGUGUGAAAAUAUAUUUUUGUUCCUAAGUUUAAAUAAUUCCUUUUGUAAAAUAGUUUCCUCUUGCGGGUGUUAAAAAGCCAUUUUAUUUUACUUCAAAAUGGUAGAAAUUUCACUUAUUAUAGUAGUUUUUAAUUACCCUGUUAAAAUGAAUAAUAUUGUGAAAUUUCUACUAUUUUAUGUGUGUAUGCGUUUUAGCGAAAAUUUAUAAUAUAAAUGAACAAUGAAUAAAUUUAAAUAUUUGCAAUUAUAAACUAAAUACGGACAUAUUACGAAUAUUAUUAAUAAAAUAAUGAAUUAUGUAAUUUUGAAGGUUAUAAUUAAAAUUGAAUUGCAGUGUUGCCAGAUAAUUUUAUUUUAGCGUUACAAUACAUCGACCAAUUAUUUAGUUUUAAUUGUCUAUGAUGUGUGUUUUUUUCAAAAUGGCGGUAAUGUACUUGGUAUAUUUAAUAAAUUAAACUAUCUAUGUGCAAGAUGUUUUCUAAAGAUAAGAUUUAAACCACGUAAUCGCAUGUCCACUGUGCCCUGAAACUUGCUCGCGGGAGGACUUAAUGAGCGCAUCCGGCCGUGCUCUCGCUGUGGCGGCAUAUUGGGCUGACAUAGUGUAGUCUCACUAUAAGACAUGUCAUCGUCACGAAAGAAGAAGAAGA